UGUUGUUGUUGAAUGAAACCGUAGCUCGCCUCGCGCUAUAAAUAGAAACUGACGGGCGUUGACGUCACCGUGGAAGCCGCAUCACGUCGUUUUAUUCGGUGCUGUGUGGCUGCAGAUUAUUUCUUUCUCCGGUAGCGCUUUCGGAUGGGGACGGACAGAGUACUUCUGAAGGCAGCCCGUGAACAACCCAGCUAGAUGCAUAGUGGUGGUUAUUGUUACAUUGGGGAAGGGAGGAAAAAGGAUUUAACGUUCAACAAGCUGGGCCGUGAUACCAGUUAGGAAAUGAUCUUGCAGUAUUUGCCAAAGCUAGCGGCGAGCAGUUCUUAUUUUGUACAGUAGCCAUCGAGCUACCUGCAAUUAUUGAAUCGCACUGUGAACUCCUGACUGUAGUUUUGGGUUUGACCAGAUUCACACUCACUCAGCCCUAGAGAACGGGCCCUGAACAGCAGUAUGGACUACGAGAGACCCAAUGUUGAGACCAUUAAGUGUGUAGUGGUGGGGGACAACGCCGUAGGGAAAACACGGCUGAUCUGCGCUCGGGCCUGCAACACCACUCUGAACCAGUACCAGCUACUGGCCACACACGUCCCUACAGUCUGGGCUAUAGACCAGUACAGAGUCUGUCAAGAGGUGUUGGAGCGCUCCAGGGAUGUGGUGGAUGAGGUCAGUGUGUCUCUCAGGCUGUGGGACACCUUCGGAGAUCAUCAUAAAGACAGACGCUUCGCAUACGGAAGGUCUGACGUGGUUGUGCUGUGUUUCUCCAUCGCCAACCCCAACUCUCUGCAUCACGUCAAGACCAUGUGGCACAUGGAGAUCAAACACUUUUGUCCCAGGACGCCUGUCAUCCUGGUGGGUUGUCAGCUGGACCUGCGUUAUGCUGAUCUGGAGGCUGUCAACAGGGCCAGGAGGCCGCUAGCCAGGCCUAUAAAGCCAGGAGACAUCCUUCCUCCAGAGACUGGCCGGGAGGUGGCCAAGGAGCUGGGCAUCUCCUACUAUGAGACCAGUGUUUUCGACCAAUUUGGCGUCAAGGACAUCUUCGACAACGCCAUUCGAGCAGCGCUCAUCUCCCGUCGACACCUGCAGUUCUGGAAGUCCCAUCUCCGGAAGGUCCAGAAGCCACUCCUCCAGGCGCCCUUCCUGCCACCCAAAGCACCGCCCCCUCUCAUCAAGAUUCCAGAGUGUUUCGUCAACAACAGGGAGGGUCCUGGCCUCCUAUUGGACAGUCCUCUGUGUGCUGACGUCAUGUUCAUCCUCCAGGACCACAUCCACAUCUUCGCCCACAAGAUCUACCUCUCCACCUCCUCCUCCAAGUUUUAUGACCUGUUCCAGAUGGACUUCAGUGACGAGUCCCAGUGCCUGGUGGUGACGGAGCGACAUGCCCGGGACUCUCUCCUCAGGACCCUUAGUCUGGACACAGAUGAGGACGUGGCUGUGCUCCCCAACCACUCCCCCUGCUCCCUCAGGGCCUCUAAGAGUGACGGCACCCUGAAGAUGAUGAGCUUCUCUGGUAAGCACCGUCGCACCAAGCUGUCCUUGGCCUCCUGGAGCAAGGCCUUCUACAGCAUCCACAAGGAGAGCGUGACCAACCCCGUGACGGGCUCCCCGGCUCACAUGACGGUGGUGAAGAUGGACUACUCCAUCCAGCUGGGUCCGUUCAGUGCCGUGUUGAAGUUCCUCUACACUGGGGAGCUGGAUGAAGAGGAGCGGGAUCUGAUGAAGAUCGCCCAGAUCGCGGAGGUCCUGGAGGUGUUUGACCUGAGGAUGAUGGUGGAGAACAUCAUGAACCGUGAGGGCUUCAUGAACCAGGAGAUCACCAAGGCCUUCCACGUCAGGAAAUCCAACCGCAUCAAGGAGUGUCUCAACAAGAACACCUUCACAGACGUCACCUUCAGGUUGGAGGAUGGAACCAUCAAUGCUCACAGACCUCUGCUCAUCUCCUCCUGUGAUUGGAUGGCUGCUGUGUUCGGAGGGUCCUUCAUGGAGAGUGCCAACAACGAGGUCUCGUUCCCAGGCACCAGUAGGGUGUGUAUGCAGGCUGUUCUGGAGUAUCUCUACACCAAUCAGCUUUGUCCCAUGGCAGAGCUGGACCCUAUGGAGCUGACGGCCCUGGCUGACAGACUCUGUCUCCCCAGACUGACCGCUCUGACAGAACACUAUGCUGUGAGUGAGCUGGUGAAAGCCUCCAAAGAUGGACAGGAUAUAGACGGCGAGGUACUCACCUAUCUGGAACUGGCUCAGUUCCAUAAUGCUAAUCAGUUAGCAGCUUGGUGCUUACAUCACAUCUGCACUCACUACAACAAUGUCUGUGCCAACUAUCGCAAAGAGAUCAAGGCCAAAUCUGCAGAGAACCAGGAGUAUUUUGAGAAGCACCGCUGGCCCCCGGUGUGGUACCUGAAGGAGGAGGACCACUACCAGCGGGUGAAGAAGGAGAGGGAGAAAGAGGACGUGGUUCUCAACAAACACCACAGCAGACGACGUUGGUGCUUCUGGAGCACCUCCCCUGCCGUGGCCUGAGGGGAGGUCUGAGGAGGGUCUGGCCCAGCCCCAAACCGCCCAGGGAAUCUGCGUCUGCCUCCUGUCCUCGUGCUUCAGCUUCUAACCCUGCACCCCGCAAAGAGGUCCCAACAACACACGCUGUACCGAUGUUUUACUGUUAGAUCAUCUGAGCAUUAAGACAGAAAUGACGAUGCACUGUCAGGUCCUACCCUCUUCUCUCUUGAUGCACUGUCAGGUCCUACCCUUCUUCUCUUGAUAAUACACUGUCAGGUCCUACACUGUCAGGUCCUACCCUCUUCUCUUGAUGCACUGUCAGGUCCUACCCCUCUUCUCUCUUGAUACACUGUCAGGUCCUACCCUCUUCUCUUGAUGAACUGUCAGGUCCUACCCUUCUUCUCUUGAUGCACUGUCAGGUCCUACCCUUCUUCUCUUGAUGCACUGUCAGGUCCUAUCCUUCUUCUCUUGAUAAUACACUGUCAGGUCCUACACUGUCAGGUCCUACACUGUCAGGUCCUACCCUCUUCUCUUUAUACACUGUCAGGUCCUACCCUUCUUCUCUUGAUGCACUGUCAGGUCCUACCCUCUUCUCUUGAUACACUGUCAGGUCCUACCCUCUUCUCUUUAUGCACUGUCAGGUCCUACCCUCUUCUCUCUUGAUGCACUGUCAGGUCCUACCCUCUUCUCUUUAUGCACUGUCAGGUCCUACACUGUCAGGUCCUACCCUCUUCUCUUUAUACACUGUCAGGUCCUACCCUCUUCUCUUUAUACACUGCCAGGUCUUACCCUUCUUCUCUUGAUGAUGCACUGUCAGGUCCUACCCUUCUUCUCUUGAUGAUGCACUGUCAGGUCCUACCCUCUUCUCUUUAUGCACUGUCACGUCCUACCCUUUCUGCUUGGGUCCACAUGAAUAACCUCCACACGGCAGGGCUCUACAGAGGGUCCAUAUUACUUGCGUAUGCGCCUAAAUAUUUAGCUGUGCAACCUGGAAUUUGAAUUUAUGUUACAAUCUUUGUCGUCUGAGGAGGAAGAAUCAUCGGACCAAAAUGCAGCGAAUAAAGUGCUCAUCUUCAUAUUUAUUAAAGAACCACACUUAAACACAAAAACAGUCCCGUAACGUGCACUGACUAUACAAGGAAACAACUACCCACAAAACCCAUGAAGAAAAAAUCCCUACUUAAAAAUGAUCUCUAAUCAGAGGCAACGAGGAUCAGCUGCCUCCAAUUAGAGAUCACCCCAAACAUACACAACAUAGAAAUAGAAGAACUAGAAAGGAUAACAUAGAAAUGGAUAACAUAGAUCAAACCCAAAAUCCCAAAACAAACACACCCCUGCCAUGCCCUGACUAUACUAUAAUAACAAAAUAACCUCUUUACUGGUCAGGACGUGACAGUACCCCCACCCCCCCAAAGGUGCAGACCCCGAAUGCACCUAAAAAACAACAACCAACAAAAAGAAACCCAAACAUAAAGGGAGGGAAGGGAGGGUGGCCACCGUCACCGACGGUUCUUGUGCUACACCCCCCCUUCCCAAUACUGCUGUAAGUUCUGGGUCGCAGGGCGUCUCUGGCGGCUCCGAGUCACAGGGCGUCUCUGGCGGCUCCGGGUCGCCGGGCAUCUCUGGCGGCUCCGGGUCGCCGGGCGGCUCCGGGUAGCCGGGCGUCUCUGGCGGCUCCGGGUCACAUGGCGACUCUGGUGGCUCCGGACUGGAGGGCGUCUCUGGCGGCUCCGGGUCGCAGGGCGUCUCUGGCGGCUCCGGGUCGCCGGGCGUCUCUGGCGGCUCCGGGUCGCCGGGCGGCUCCGGGUAGCCGGGCGUCUCUGGCGGCUCCGGGUCACAUGGCGACUCUGGCGGCUCCGGACUGGAGGGCGUCUCUGGCGGCUCCGG